GUCCCUGUUGAGUCACCGUGAAAUUAGAGUGUCAUAUCGUGAACCACCGUCAAAAUUCAAAGUAUUCUACAUUCAAUCACCGGAAAUGUCUAAAGGCUUCAUUACAAAAAUAAGUAACUUGGGUACCGCCCAUCACAAUGGAAGCAUUACAGUGAACGAAUCGAUCCAAGGUACCAUCUGCGCAGUACAUAACGUUAUGAAAGGCGGAGAUGGCUUCCCUAUGGUCCAACACCAAAUGCUUGAGGUGCGUCCGAGAAACUCUUGCAGAGUGAAUUCUAGCAGUCCAACAAGGAGGAGGAAGAGUAGUUGUUCGAGAUCAAGAAGCCGAAGUAGGAACGAUUGUCAGCAGAUACCAACAAAAGAGUGGACGGUAAAGGCCAGUACGGUAUAUCAUAACUUUAGUGCAGAGAAAGGGGAGCCAGAUCAACAUCAAGGAUUGAUGAAUAACGUUACUAUCGCGAAAUCUGAUAGUUGUCCAUGUCCUGUCAGUGCUUCUAUGGCAAGACAAUGUUCGUGCAGCGGCAAAAACCCGAAAUCCCGCAGUGUUUUGGAAGUCCCCUGCAUCAGUCCGCAUAUCGCCGAACACAUUUACUCGACAGACGAGGUGGUCAAUGGCUUAAAGAGGGAGAUAGAGAACGUGAAGAGCCAGCUAAUGGUUAUGAGAUCUGCUCCUGAGAAGAAAUCAUCUACGAGCAAAGAUCCGACAGCAAAACAAGUCUACCAGCUAUCCAAGGAGAACAAACAUUUGCGUAAAGAGUUAGAGCAGAAGAGACAGUUGUAUCAGGCUACCGUGAAGGAGAUGCAUAAGUCUAAGGAUAUUUUGUCAGAGUAUGAAAAGCAGGUGGGCCUGUUACAUGAACAAGCAAUCAAAUCUUCGAAAGUGAUGAAGCAGAGCAAAGAAAAAUUUUGCCAGUGCAUUAAACAGAAAGACAAUAUGAUCGAUAGAUUAAAACGUCAAUGCGAAGAGCUCCAUAGAGUUGUCGGGGACAAAGAAAUGAAAUACGAGUCACUCCGGAAGAGUUUCGACGAUUUGCAAGUGAUGUAUGUGGACAAUACUAAACAGUAUGAUCUUAUGACUGAACAAAAUCAAAAUGUUUGUGAGUGUCUAAAAUUGAUGGAAGGACAGUUAGAGGCUUCGGUUAAGGAAGUUGAAUAUUAUAAAAGCGAACUGGAUAGAAUGGAUAAGCUUGUAGCGGAUUUCAAGUGCGAAUUUUGCGAAAAAGUAAACUCGGGAGCUAAACAACAAAGUGAUAAAUAUGAGGAACGUAUAAAGGAAUUGGAAAACAAGGAAAAUGUUCUGAAAGAUGAAAUAGCUUCAUUGAAUGAACAACUGAACGAUACAGCAAACAAAGAGGGUGCUUUGAAAGAGUUACGAGAAAAAUGUGCAUGCUUAGAAGAAAAGUUGGAAGGCUAUCAGAAGUAUAUGGCCAAAUGUCAAGAUUUGGAGGACGAAUAUCAACAGCAAUGUAGGGAGGCAAUCGAAAAAGAAUCAAAAUACUUAAAGGAAAGAGAUGAACUAAGAUCGUUAGUUGAAGAGCUGACAGCAGUUGUCCAACAAAAUAAAGUUACAUUGCUUCAACUAUCUGAGAUAAACAAAGAACAAGAGGCACUUAUUUUGUCUCAAGGUGCCGUUUUAUCAGAAAAAGAAGAGAAAAUGAAAUCUGUUGAGAGUGAAAUAGACUGUUUGAAACGUCAAAGUCUGGAGUUGGAACAAGAAGUCGAAGAUCUCAGACAAGCUCUAUCAGGUCCAUGUACCAAAGAUACUUGUCUAAGCUUAUCACAUCAACUGGAUGAUCUGAAGUAAGCAUCACGCGAUCUUCUGAUUUCAAGGCAUUCCUUUAUUUUUUCUGCUGUACAAUUCAAGCGCAAAGAACUUUACCGCUUUCGAAGUAUUAUAUUUCUAGAGCCAUAAAGUAUUUUGCGCUCAAGUAGAUGUUGUUGGUUUUAAGAGUGGCCUUAGAUAGUGAAAGGGACAACAAGCUUGUCAAAGAGAAGAUAAUUGAAGACCAGUCGCAUACGAUUCAGUUUCUGCAACAACAAAUUAAGGACAGAAUUGCUGAGCUGAACCGAUUCAAAGAAGAAACCAGUAUCACUGAAAAAGAGAUGAUGAAAGUCUCCAGAAUCUUAGACAAGAAGCAGGAGGAACUUGACCAUGAGUCUAAAGAAAAGGAACAGCUUGCCAAAAAGCUGAAGGGGACAAGGUUGUUUGAUGCAGAUCACUAUGCUCGUCGAGUGUAUUCGACCUGGAUAUUAGGACAGCCCCGUCUUAAUUUUCAUUUCUGCAGAACAGCCCUCUGGACAGAUGAAGCAACAUUCGCAAGGCGUGGUAUUACAAAUCUGAGAAACCUACAUAGGUGGAAAUCAGAAAAUCCCAAAGCUAAUGUUUUCCCAGAAGUUGCAGUCCUAUCGAAAGCUGCCGUUGAAACCAGGAGCAAAAUAUGAUUCUUGCUGCAUAAUCUGGCUCAUCAAGAUCCUGAACUCUUCGAAAAUGAAAUUGGAAUACCAGCGAAACGCCUUGAUGAAUGAAAUGACUGAACUUGACAAGAAACUUCGACAAUGCAGCGCUAAUCAAGAACUUGGGGAAGGAAUGCAAGAAUCGAUAAUGUUACUACAGAACGAGCUUGAACACAUUACGAUAGGCGACUCCAGCACCAGUUCAUACAUUACGUCCCAAUCAUAAACGUCUAGAAGACACCGUUUCGCUCACCCAGAUCUCAACUACAAAAAUCGACACCCAGCGACGUCAAUGGGAAGAACAACGUUGCCAGCUAGCCAAUGAGAAAGCAAAGGCCAUGUCAGCUGCACAGUUUGCUACCAAGAAACUGUUGGAAACAGUAGCUGACUUCCAGCUGCAGGUUAACGCUCAAAAAGGGUCCAGUACAUGCUCACGAAAAUGCUUCAUGAGAAAGAGGAUGAACUUAGGGCUGUUAGAGAAAAGAUUUUAUUGUCUCCAUUAAGUUGGAAUUUACCUACCGCAUGAUUGCAGAUUUGUAAGAAGCAAUGCAAUAUUAGUUAAAAUUAUUCGGAGAUUAUGACGCAUGUGCUUAAUUUUGAUUGACUUCUGAAAAGCAAGAUUAUCUUUCUUCAAUAAACACCAUGAGCCAGGAGACCGACAAAGAUGUGUCUGCUGACGAACUGUACCGAGGCAACACAGAAUCAACGUAUUCAACAUUUUCGAAUAUUUCAAAAAAAUUGACGAAGCCCAGAACCUGUGACUCAUCUUGCCCAUGUCUUGGAUCAUCUAAGAGUAACGUCCAGCACAUCAUAUCCCUAUUGACAAGAUCUGAUCAUAAACCUUCAUGUGACAGUGAGCCAGCUGUUCGGUGUAUAGCUUGAUUACAUUUCGUGUUCUUUUUUCGAUUUUUGUUAUGUUUGGAUAAACUGUUUGAGUGUAAGGCAAAUAAAUUCAUUACUUAUUGAA